CAUCGUGAGCCGUGUAAAUAGCCCUCUCUCAACGGUUUAGCUUCGUCUCGAAAACUACCCUCCACAUCAAAAUGAAGGCUGUCUUUGCUCUGUGCGCGGCGAUGGUGGCGGGCGCCCAGGCGUUCGUGCCCACCACGACCGCCUUCAGCGGAGCCCGCGUGGCCUCGCCCGCCUCCGCGUCCGCCGCCACCACCACCCCUCGCAUGGCCGCGGGUAGCUUCAGCGUGUUCGACAACGCGCAGGCGGAGUUCGCGGCGGAGUUCCCGGAGUACUCCAAGUACGGCUGGGGCCCCACCGCUAAGGCCGAGCGGUGGAACGGGCGCCACGCCAUGUUCGGGUGGGCGGCGAUCAUCGCGACCGGCUACUGCCAGGCGCACAACCUCAUCCCCGACGCGGAUGUGGCGCUGGACCCCAAGGUGUGGGGAACCCUUGCCUACACCACGGGCACCGAGACCAUCACCAACGAGAGGGCCAUCAUCAUGAUGGGGCACGUUCACGCGCUGGCCGUGUCCGUGUGCGCGACGGUGGCACCGCUGUCCUUCCAGGACAAGCUCUUCCUUGACGUGGACGCCGGCGAGAAGGACGCCCCUGCACCGGGACUCAUCCCGUCGUUCGUGCCCGGCCUUACCCCGGAGGCCGAGAUCUUCAACGGCCGCAUGGCGAUGAUGGGCCUCGUGGUGACGGCGACCACCGCGCUCACCACCGGGCAGUCUUUCCUCGAGGUCGUUAACGCGGGCCUCGGCGGACUCCUCAUGUAAACGAUUUUGUUUUGUUUUUUGGGCUGAUUUGAAACAAAAAAACUCGAAUUUUUUCACGUUUUUUUUUCUUCUUGUUCUUGGUCUUUGACAAAUACCUGGUAGCAUUUAUCGCGCGGCUUGCAGGGGGCGGGGCGGUGGCCGGCGAAGGAAACUAAUAUUUUAGCGAUGGCGGCGGCGGCUGCUGCUAAUGCUCUGCUGGUUGUUGAUGUUGCAGGAAAAGAAAUAGACAUGAGGAGGUGCGGGUGAGGAGAACGCUUGUCGUGGCGUGUUUGGAGUGUGAUUGCCGGGAGGCCUAUGUGUCUCGGCAGCCAGUCACUUUGAUGACCGAUUUAGCACCUUCGGGCGAAGAACGGAGGUUACGCGAGCGAAGAAGUCUGUGCCCCCCUUGGUCCCUUCUGGCCACGCGAGAGGCGGUAGGUACCAAGGGUUAUUUAUGAAGUACGGCUGACUCACCGGACUACCGCCGUGGAAUUCUCUCGACCGGUGUUGUUGCCGAGCUCUCGUUCAUUUAUCCAUUACUUCUAGUAGUCGUUUGGAGAGCGAUGAACGGGCUUUUAGAGGCAAGGGGCGGGAGUCGGGGCGAGUUUUGUGGAGAACAUCGAGCGUACGUCAAGUUAUACAUAGAGGCGUUUUUAGAGGCUAGGGCUGCAGUUGUCUGGCGUUGACCCCCCCCCUCCCCCCCCCCUCCAACCCUUGAACUCGUUUGUGGUUGGUUAAUGCCUGGCUUGGCCGGAGCUUGUCUCCUCGUUUCUUGUUUUGCUUCUCGCUGGCGCUGUCUGCCGGCGGGUUCUUGACUUGGUUUCUGUCUCGAAAGGGAAAAUCCUGGUCUUAAGUUAUUCCUGCGUCACGUUGCUGUCCUGCAGAGACGAGCUAGAUUCGGAGAAUAAUAAGAAAAAAGU